CAAUAAGUGAAUAGAACUGUUGAUAAAUUGGUUAUGUGCAAUUGAACAAAUUUUGACCUGGUGAACCAUAAAAAUCGGAUGAAGGGAAAAAUAUUGCUCAUUGAUAACACUAUCAAUUGAAUUUUUAAUGCACUUGACAUGGUAAUUUUAUCAAUCGAACUGAUAAAACGUGAUAUAAAUAUUAGUUGAUAUCGGAGUGUAUUUUAGCUUUAUUUGGGAUAAACCUUUACCUACCUGUUACCUAAUAUUAAAAUUAGCAACAUGUCAAUGAAUUCUGAAGUAAUGAUUAGAACCGCAACCGAAACAGAUAAAGAACCAAUAAGACUAUUCCUGAGGAAGUUCUUCUUUAAAGAUGAGCCCAUGAACGAUUCUCAACAAUUAAUAACAGAAGAAAAUCUCGUAAAUGAAGAUCUAGAGAACUUUGUUUUUCAAAGUUACGGAAAGGGACUCGAUUUGGUUGCCGAAUAUGAAGGAAAAUUGGUUGGAGUUUGUUUAAAUGGGAUAAUUGAGAAAGGACCGGAUCCGGAAGAAUUUCCUUGUACCCCUGGUAAUAAAUUCGAAAAUAUUGCACGAUUACUGGAACAUGUAGAAAAAACUGUUGACUAUUUUACUAGAUAUCCAGAUAUUGACAGAUUCAUAGCAAUACAGAUUUUGUCUGUAGACGCUUCUGUUAGAGGAAAGGGAAUAGCAAAAAAAUUGGCCAACAGAACAAAGGAACUAGGACGUCAACACAACGCACAACUUUUGGUAAUUGAAUGUUCGAGCUUUUACUCUGCAGCUGUUGCGAAGUCAUUGGGUUUUGAACAAAUAUUUUCUAUGGAUUAUGCUGAUUAUAAAAAAAAUGGAAAGGAUGUUAUCAUUCCUGCACCCCCGCAUAAGUCAUUCACAGUAUACGUGUCAAAACUGUAACAAAAAUAUGCCUGCAUAAAUAAAUGAAGCUGUUCAAUUAAAAGAUUGAUUGAUUUACCUGGUAGGAAAUAUCAAUAAGUAUUCUAUACUAUUUUGUACAAAUAACAACCUGUUUAAAUAAAUAAAUUAAUCAAAGGUGGACCCUCCUGUACAUUAGUUAAAACUACGAAUGUGAUUAUCUGUUGAAGCUGAAUUUUGUGCCGAAUACAUUAUUGAUUCUUGUUUGGAGUAUGCAAAGUAAUGAAAUAAUGAUUAGUGUGUGAUUCUCGUUGUUGGCUAUUUCUCGCUAUUCCGCUUUUAGGAAAUUGCAUUAAAUUACCAAUGUUCCAAUACCAAAUUUGAUCUUGAUUUUCUAUUUCCUUAUAGAUGCAUAAGUAUUUUUAAGACUGUUAAAAAACUUGAGGUUUUAUGCAAAUCACAUGGUGACAAGUCUGGGAUAUAGGGUGGAUGCUCUAAUACUUUCUAUCUCAUUUGUAUAUGAAUAUGAAGUGGUGGAC